AGGCGCUUCGCCGCCGGCAACAGCGAUCAGCUCACUAUGCUCAACGGCUACAGGGGCUGGCGGGAGGCGGCCGAACGCUCACACGGAGCCGGCUACAACUUCGCACAGGAGAACUUCCUGCAAGUGAAGACGCUGGAGAUGCUGGCCAGUAUGAAGCACCAGUUCGUGGAGCUGCUGAGCGGCAUUGGGUUUGUGCGAGCCGGCCUAACGGCGCGGCAGCUGGAGCGGUGCGGCCGCGGCCGCGGCGACGGGGUGCUGCAGGCCACCGGACCCGAGCUGAACGACAACGAGAGCAACCGCCUGCUGUCGGCGCUGCUCUGCGCGGCCCUGUACCCCAACCUGGUCAAGGUGCUGACGCCCGAGGCCACCUACACCAAGAGCGAGGGCGGCGUCAUGGCCAAGGACACCAAACACGCCGAGCUCAAGUUCAAGACCAAGGAGGACGGUUAUGUGUUCAUCCAUCCAGUGUCAGUGAAUGCCAAGGUGAGCCGGUUCGAAUCGCCCUACCUCGUCUACAACGAGAAGGUGAAGACGUCGCGGGUCUUCAUCCGCGAGUGCUGCAUGGUGCCCGUCUACCCGCUGCUCCUGUUCGCCGGCAACGGCAUCGAGGUGGAGCGGCACGGCAGCGAGUACAUCGUCUCGCUGGACGAGGGCUGGAUCAAGCUCACCUGUCCCACGCAGACGAUCGCGGCGCUGCUGAAGGAGCUGCGCGGCGAGCUGGACCGGCUGCUGGCCGAGAAGAUCGAGACGCCGGCGCUGGAUCUGGCCGCCUGCCCGCGCAGCCGCCGCGUGAUCGCCACCAUCGUGAGCCUGCUCAUGUCGGAGCACUGACGCCCGCCGCCGGCGCGGCCGAUGUCGGCGCCGCUCGGGGAGCGCGAGCGGGAGCGGGAGCGCCGGCCGCUGCCGUUAGAAGGCGGAUGUCCGCCGCCGGUUUGGCGAUGGUGUGACCUCGACACUGCCCGCCAGGCUGACGAGGUCAGGCCACUGACAUCGGCGGCCGCUGUUCUGACGGUGGUGACGUCUCUACACUGCCAUGACGUGUCGCUCCAGUGACGUCAGAAUGCCGUCCGGCCUCUCGAGGGAAGCCGCUCUGUGGGGUGACGUGGGUCAGACCAGGGCGAUGCUGACCUGUCGUUGCAGUCGCGCAUCAUGAUGGCUGGAUGCGAUGACGGUGUCUGCAUACUGGCGCUUUGCGAGUGAUGUUCGGGGCUUCUAGCAGCGCCUGGAUGGCUGGGUAAGGGAAUCCUGGACCCACGGUACGUGCGCCUGCCGCUCAUGGUGACACUUUGAGGUCUUCCCAGUGGAUCGAGUCUCUGCUGUUGAUGCUAAGUGCACUUACGCUGCUGGUAGGUGCUGCGGGAGCGCUGGAGAGGUGCUGAUUGGUGUUUGACGCGUCGGGUUGUGAUGUCAUGGGUUUGGGUUGGAGGACCACCGGUCGCGUAAGUGGGCGUGGUCGCUGCUCCCAUGUUGUGUUGUAGCUCACACCGGCUAACGUGAUAUGCUGUGACGACUGCUUUGUUUGUUAGUUUUAUACUCGUGUGGGAGCCUUGUUGUACAGAGAAAGCGAUAACUUAAAUAGACAACUUUCAACUGGAUAGAGCGCGUUCGGAGGACGAGAAUAGGAGACAGGGGACGGUGA